AUGAGGCUACACCUUCAUCGUUUUAUAUCUACUUCCACGCCAUUACGCAGUGGUCAGAACUUGACUGAGAAAAUCGUGCAAAAAUAUGCUGUCAACUUACCUCCAAACAAGCUAGUCCACACUGGUGAUUAUGUCACCAUCAAGCCAGCUCAUUGUAUGUCACAUGAUAACUCAUGGCCAGUAGCGACAAAAUUCAUGGGAUUGGGUGCCAAAAGGGUCAAAGACAAUCGUCAAAUUGUGUGUACUUUGGAUCAUGAUGUGCAAAAUAAGACGGAAAAGAAUUUGGCCAAGUAUGCCAAUAUUGAACGAUUUGCCAAAGAGCAAGGUAUCGAUUUCUAUCCUGCUGGAAGAGGAAUUGGCCAUCAAAUCAUGAUUGAAGAAGGAUAUGCGUUUCCAUUAAACUUGACGGUGGCUUCAGAUUCACAUAGUAAUACCUAUGGUGGUGUUGGAUCAUUGGGUACACCAAUUGUGCGUACUGAUGCCGCAAGUAUAUGGGCCACUGUCCAAACAUGGUGGCAAAUCCCACCCGUAGCCAAAGUUGAAUUAAAGGGGAACUUGCAAAACGGGGUCACUGGUAAGGAUAUUAUUGUUGCAUUGUGUGGAGUUUUCAAUAACGAUGAAGUAUUAAAUCAUGCUAUUGAAUUUGUUGGAGAUGGUGUUGAGAAUUUGCCUAUUGAUUAUCGAUUAACUAUAGCUAAUAUGACUACUGAAUGGGGUGCAUUGAGUGGAUUGUUCCCCAUUGAUGACAAGUUGAUUGAGUUUUAUGAAGGGAGGUUGCAAAAAUUGGGUCCAAACCAUCCUAGAAUCAAUAAAGACACUAUAGAAGCUUUAAGGAGAGGAAGUUUAGCCAGUGAUGAGGAUGCCAAAUAUGCCAAGCACUUGGUUAUUGAUUUGAAUACGUUAUCGCCUUAUGUCUCGGGUCCGAACUCAGUCAAAGUGUCCAAUCCGUUGUCAAAAUUAUCUCAAGAUAAUAUUGCCAUCAAUAAGGCGUACUUGGUUUCAUGUACCAACUCACGUUUAUCCGAUAUCCAAGCAGCUGCUGAUGUCUUGAAGGGUCAUAAAGUGCACCCAAAUGUUGAAUUUUACGUUGCCGCUGCUUCUUCAUUAGUGCAACAGGAUGCUGAAGCUGCUGGUGCUUGGCAAACCAUAAUUGAUGCUGGCGCGAAACCAUUACCUGCUGGAUGUGGACCAUGUAUUGGCUUGGGUACUGGGUUAUUAAAAGAUGGCGAAGUAGGGAUCAGUGCAACGAAUCGUAACUUCAAAGGAAGAAUGGGCUCUAAGGAUGCAUUGGCAUAUUUGGCUUCACCUGAAGUUGUCGCUGCGUCGGCCGUAUUGGGUAAAAUUGGUGCUCCCGAGGAAAUUGAUGGCAAGCCCGUCAAUGCAUCACCAGAAAUUGUUAAAAGUAUUGAUUUACCAAAGAGUAGUGGCAAUACUGGUGCCACUUCUGAAGAACCAAUUAGUGAAGACGAUACCAGCGAAGCUUCAGUUGAAGUGUUGCCUGGAUUCCCCAAAUCAAUUCAAGGUGAACUCAUCUUGUGUAAUGCCGAUAACAUCAACACUGACGGAAUAUACCCUGGGAAAUACACUUACCAAGAUGAUAUAUCACGCGAACAAAUGGCAGAAGUGUGUAUGGAAAACUAUGACCCCGAAUUCAAGACCAAGACCAAACUGGAUGACAUUAUAAUUAGUGGUUACAAUUUUGGUACUGGCUCAUCUCGUGAACAAGCAGCUACAUGUAUUUUAGCACGUGGCAUGAAGUUGGUUGUUGCUGGAUCAUUUGGAAACAUAUUCAGUAGAAAUUCAAUCAAUAAUGCCUUGUUAACACUUGAGAUUCCUGAAUUGAUUGAGAAGUUACGUGUCAAGUAUGAUGGUGUAAAUGAGUUGACUAUACGUACAGGAUGGUUUUUGAAGUGGGAUGUUACGAAAGCCCUUGUUACUGUUGCUGAUUUGGAUGGUGAAGUGAUUUUGCAACAGAAGGUUGGUGAGUUGGGUACUAAUUUACAGGAUAUUAUCGUUAAAGGUGGGUUAGAAGGAUGGGUUAAGUCGGAGUUGCAAAAAGAACAAUAA